AUGGACGACACAGCACCCACGAACGAAGGCUCCUCGACGGCCCGCGGCGGGAAGCGAGGCCGAGGCAAUCGACCGCACCAACACAAUCGUAGCGGAGAUUUCGACCGGGACUCCCAUGACAACGGCGGCGUAGGUAGCAGCUCGAGAGGAGGACGAGGUACAAGAGGAGGAAGAGGGCGAGGGCGAGGGCGAGCACAUGGACGAGAUGGCCCAACCCCGCUCACCACAUUUCCACCUCAAACCGCUGCGGAGGUCAGCUCGGGAAGACCACCAGGAGGCGGCUUCGGUGCUCGCCUGACCGAAGCUGCCUCGAGAACUGAAGGCGACUCCGAAAACCCCCGAUCUCGACAGAACGACGCUGAGGCUGAAGUUGCAGUGGCCGAAGAACAGGAAGUCUGCUUCAUCUGUGCCAGUCCGAUUGAGCAUAUCUCUGUUGCUCCCUGCAAUCACCAGACCUGCCAUAUUUGUUCUUUGAGAUUGAGGGCACUCUACAAGACACGAGCAUGUGCUCACUGCCGGACAGAAGCACCCUUCGUGAUCUUUACUGACAACACCGAGAAACGAUACGAGGACUGGGCGGACAACGAGUUCGUAAAGAUCGACGACAAUCUCGGGAUCAAGUAUGAAAAAGAUGUCAUCCUGGAGGAUACCGUCCUACUGCUCCGGUACAACUGUCCAGACAGGGACUGUGAUGUCGCAUGUCUCGGCUGGCCCGAUCUUCAUCGCCACGUCCGAAGCAAACACGGGAAGAUGAUGUGCGAUCUAUGCACCAGGAACAAGAAAGUCUUCACCCACGAGCAUGAGCUGUUCACAUUUGGCGAUCUGCGAAAACACGAGAAGUUUGGCGACGACAACCCAGGGGCCGUGGACCAAUCUGGCUUCAAGGGACAUCCCGAAUGCGGCUUCUGUAAGCAGCGGUUCUAUGGGGACGAUGAGCUCUACAGCCAUUGCCGAGAGAAGCACGAGCGGUGCCACAUUUGUGACAGGCGCAAUGGCGGCAGGAAUCCCCAGUACUAUCUCAACUACCAGGAACUAGAGAAACAUUUUGCAGCGGAGCACUUUGUCUGCCUGGACGCCGAGUGCCAGGCCAACAAGACAAAUGUUUUCGAGUCCGAAAUGGACUUGAAAGCACAUCAACUCUCAGAACACCCGAACGGCCUGUCGAAGGAUGCGCGUAGAGACGCACGUCUGGUCAAUCUCUCGGGAUUCAACCUCCGCGAAGCAUACCAGCCACCGCGAAGAGAGCGAGAUCGAGAUCGCGAUCGAGGCAACCGUGGCGGUGGAAGGGGCAGAGACCCGAAUGCUGAGCCACUGCCGCUUUCCAGUGCACAGCCCAUCGGACGAGCAGAGCUGGCUUAUCAACGUCAGCUCGCGAUUCAAAGUUCGCAAUCCGUGUCAGGCAGGACUUUCGGAGGACAGCUCACCCACCCUACACCUGUAAGCCGUCCCCAGCAGGCAUCAGCACAGCCAGCCCCAUCGCUACCGGCUAUGGAUAACCUCACUCUAGAGGAGAGACCCGUAUCCAUGGCGAAUCUGACCCCGCAAGAGCAAGUCAGGGCUCUGCGCCACCAAGCAGUAACCGAACGUGCGACAUCACUUCUCCAAAACGACAAAACGAAACUCUCACAAUUCCGCACUCACGUCUCCGCCUACCGGAGUGGCACCAGCUCUGCAAACGAACUGAUCGACGCAUUCUUCUCCCUCUUCGACUGCCCCAGCUCGGAAUUGGGGAAACUGAUCCGCGAACUGGCAGACCUGUACGAGGAUGAAACGAAGCGGCAAUCUUUGCUCGAGGCGUGGAACAACUGGCGGAGUAUCAACGAGGAUUACCCCAGCCUGCCCGGUCCGAGCGGCACGCUGCCCGGGGUAUCAAGCGCAGCCAGCAGCGGUCGACGAGUAUUGACACUCAAGAAAAGCACGGCGCAAUCAUCCCGCUCAGCAGUGGCAAGACAAGAUUCUUGGGGAAACAACUCGAUCGCCAGCGGCAGAAGCCAGGACCCUUUCCCAGCGUUGUCCCCUGCGAACGGCGGCUCUUCUCGUGCUUCUGCCGUGUCAAUCCCGCCAGCGUGGGGCAACACCUCCGCUCCAUCGGUCUCGAAUACCAAUGCGAGCGCGACGCCGUACCGCCCGCCACCCCCUACAGCGGCAUCCACGCUCCGCCAGAAGACUAACUCGCGUCAGACCGCCCCGCCUCGCGCCACGGAAGAUGCUUUCCCUUCCCUUCCUGCCGCGGCCAAGCCGAACACGAUGAUGGUCGGCUUCAACACGCGGGGCUCGGUGAAGUGGCUUGCCUCGCCCUCUGGAUCGGGGACCGCGACGCCCGUCAAUCCGUGGGGCAGCGGUGGCACGACUCCCACCCCUGCGCAGGCCCAGGCUGCUGUGGCCGCGGCGGCAGGCGGUGCCAGAUCCGGCGGCGGUGACGAAGAUGGAGACACCGCAGCAGGGAAGAAAAGGGGCAAGAAGGGAAAGAAGGGAGAGACCCUGUUCCACUUCGGAUGA